AUGGCCGAUUUCUCCGAGUACACUGGCCCCAGUGCGGAAUGGGUGGCCCUCGAGCCGACUCUCCCAGCACCUCCAGACCUGAGCGUGGAGGAGCUGAAAGCAGCGAGCAACAAGUUUCGGGAGCAGGCCGCGGCGCAGGCCAUGGUGGAUGAAGGCCUCAGCCCCCAAGUCAUAAUCCGAGACUAUGCCAUUCCAACCCGCGAUGGCCAGUCCAUAGAAGCAGCCACGUAUCGCCCGUCCGCGCUCCCCGAGACCCAGCGUCUACCGGUGUACAUCCACCUGCACGGCGGCGGCUUCCUCCUGGGCACCCUGCGCUCGGAGGACGCCAUCUGCUCCCGCGUCGUCGCACCCCUCGCCGCAGCCGGACACCCCGUGGUCGUGGUGAACGUGAACUACCGCCACACGCCGGAGCACGGCUACCCGACGGCCUGGAACGACGCCGAAGACGCCUUUCACUGGGUGCACGAGCACCUGGCCCAGAUCGGCGGCGACGGCGAUAGCGUUGUCGUCGGCGGGAUCUCCGCCGGCGGCUGGCUGACUGCGUCGCUGGUGCUGGCGCAGCACCGGGGCAAGGACGAGUCGCUGGCAAGGCGGCCGCGCGUUCUUGCGAGGCUGCGCGAUCCCAGCGUCUCCAGCUACGUGCAGAAUGAGACAGCGCCGAUCUUGCCGGUGACUAGGGCUAAGUUGUUCAUGGAUUUGUUGAAAGUGACGGGUGGUGAGGAGCUGGAGCGGGAUCUACGUCUUAGUCCUGGGAAUGCGACUGCCGACGAGGUGAAGGGGUUGCCGCCUGCGACGUUUGGAAUCGCGGGACGCGAUAUACUACGUGAUGAGGGGCUGUUGUAUGCGCAGCUGCUCAGCGAGAAUGGUGUUCCAACCGAUGUCAAUGUCUUUAGCGGACUCCCUCAUGGCUUCAGACGCUAUGGGAACAAACUAUCGGAGUCCAAGAGAUGGGAUUCCGUUAUCUGCGAGGGAAUCAAGUGGACGCUCAGCAAUCCGGUAGCGAACGAGUUCGUGGUCAAGGUGGAAUAA